GCGCUGUGUCCGACAGCUUUGCAGCGGCUGAGCGCAGCUUGACUCGCCGGCUGCUCAGCGGGGACUCUCCUUAGUAUUAGAACCAGAAAUAUUCUUAAGACGGCAGGGUAACGCGUUUUAAAGCCUCCGGAGGAUUUGGCAAUGCCUCAGCCGGGACCUGAGAGCGCAGAGGCGGACUGAGUCCACAGCAUCGCAUCGCUGUAGUUACAUUUGGACACAUUUCUCGAGUGCGUCUCCUCCUCACUCCACCUGCCUGCGCGCGUCGGGAUCAAGAAGCCCAUGGAGGGAUGUCGCGAUGCUGUGCUCAAGGAGAACUAAAACUUUGGUGUCGACAUGUGUAAUCCUGAGCGGCAUGACCAACAUCGUGUGUCUCCUGUACGUCGGCUGGAUCACCAACUAUGUGGCCAACGGGGGUCCCAAAGUUGCGGAGAGCGGCGGCGAGGCGGAGAGAAAGUUGGAUGAGGACAGCAAAGGGGAGACCCUGAGGAUUAUCGAGAGGCUGGAGCGGCUGGAGAGCGUCGUCAACGAGCACAUCAAAGAGACCCCUCAGAAGGACGGUGAAGACGCUGCCUCCUCGUCGGACUCAGCCUCAGACUCCGCCUCCUCUCUGUUCGACCACUGGGGUCACGACCUAGGCCCAGAGAGUCGAAGGGUUGCCCUCAAGAAGUUCCGUUACUAUGGCUACAACGGUUACCUUAGCGACCGCAUCUCUCUCACCCGGCCAAUCCCAGAUUUACGACCGGACGGGUGCAGAAACAUGACUUAUUCAUCAGAUCUUCCUCAGAUCAGCGUCAUCUUCAUCUUUGUCAAUGAAGCCUUGUCAGUGUUGCUGCGCUCUGUCCACACAGCCAUCCAGAGGACUCCAUCACACCUGCUCAAAGAGAUCAUACUGGUCGAUGAUCACAGCAACAGCCUGGAGCUGAAAGACCACCUACAGAGCUUCGUGGAGGAGACCAAUGCUCAGCACGGCCCGGGGUUCGUCAAGGUGGUCCGCCAUGCGAAGCAGGAAGGACUAAUCAGGUCCAGAGUCAGCGGAUGGAGGGCAGCCUCCGCUCCUGUCGUUGCUCUGUUCGAUGCACACGUGGAGUUCAACACGGGAUGGGCAGAACCUAUUCUGCAGCGAAUAAAGGAGGACCGGACCCGGGUGGUGUCUCCCUCUUUUGACAACAUCAAGUAUGACACCUUUGAGAUUGAGGAGUAUCCGCUGUCUGCUCAGGGCUUUGACUGGGAGCUAUGGUGUCGCUACCUCAACCCACCAAAAUCCUGGUGGACACAACGCAACCACACAGCCCCUAUCAGGAGCCCUGCUCUGAUUGGCUGCUUUGUGGUCGACAGGAAGUACUUUGAGGAGAUCGGCCUGCUAGACGAAGGCAUGGAAAUUUACGGUGGAGAAAACGUUGAGCUCGGCAUCAGGGUGUGGCAGUGUGGCGGCAGCGUGGAGGUCCUGCCCUGCUCCAGGAUCGCACACAUCGAGCGUGCCCACAAACCCUACACAGAGAACCUGACAGUCCAUGUGCGUCGUAACGCUCUGAGGGCGGCUGAGGUCUGGAUGGACCAGUACAAGAGUCACGUCUAUAUGGCCUGGAACGUUCCACUACAGAACUCAGGAAUAGACAUCGGGGACAUUUCUGAGAGAAAAGCCCUGCGAGCCAGACUCCAGUGCCGACCUUUCAGCUGGUUCCUCUCCAACAUCUACCCUGAGCUCCGAUCCUACAGCGACACAGUUGCUUACGGAGUGUUGAAGAACAGUCUAAGAGACAACCUGUGUUUGGACCAGGGGCCUGACACUGAAAAUGUCCCCAUCAUGUACCUCUGUCAUGGUAUGACACCACAGCAGAAUGUCUACUACACCAGCUCCCAGCAGCUUCACCUGGGAGUGCUGAGUCCGACCAUCGACGAUGACGACAACAAGUGUCUGGUGGACGUGAACAGCAGACCCAGGCUGCUGGAGUGCAGCUACGCGGCUACCAAACACAUGAAGCUCACCUGGACGUUCUCUCAGGGUGGCUCCAUCCAGAACCUCGAGUCUCAGCGAUGUCUGGAGCUGGUGGAGAGCAGACAGUCAGAGUUCACCUACCAGCUGGCCAUUCAGGACUGCACCGAUCAGAAAUGGACCAUCACUAACAUACUGACUGUCCUGCCACAGUGAACACACUGACAACAGUCAGCUACUGGAACACCUUUGUUGUGAUGGACUAAUCUAGUAAGUGAGGAAGUUCAAGUAAGGAACUCCCCCCACUUCAAACUGAAAUUGACCCAGACCCAAGAUCGACCAUCACAGAGUUUUGGUGCACUUAAAAAGAAUGAGAGUCCAGUUAGAAAUGGACUAACAUGCUGACCUAAGCAGCAAACUAAGUGUCCAAAAAAUGAGAUUCAAUACUGGACCUAUUUUUAACGAGAAUCUGCACAGGGAAAGAUGUGCUUCAAUCAGACAUGGACCAUCAGUAACGUAAUAACCGUUUUAUACCAAUGACCUGAGAGAAGAGACACUCACAGAUGGAGCCAGGGCUCUUAAAACUUCCCACUCUGCAAUCGAAAUGAGAAAUAUAGUCACUUGUUCCAGGGGACAGGCUCAUGAAAUCAUGUAAGCACUCUGGUUAUUGCCGGAGCAGUCCUGUGAUGUAUUUUGGUUCCCCAUCCACAGUUUAAGAUAGGGCCUGUGCUCCCUUAGUCUCAUCGCACAAUCACCAUAACAAAUUGAGUGAGCAUGGUUUCAAUAUGUUUGUGUGCAGAGAGAGAAAUGCAAGUUGAGGGACUGCACUCAUUCUGGAAAAAUCUAGCAAUUGUACAACGCAAACUAGUUGAUUUGUCACAAAAAUGAUGUGGAGGAGACAGGUUUUGAGUUAUUACCCACCACUUUACUAAGAGUGCAAGGAGGACAGAUGCUGUGGAUUCCCUCAGUAUCACAGAAAAGUGAGAGUGCGAUGGAGAGUAACCACCAAGUGAUUUAAAAUGGCACUCUGAUAGAAACUCUAUCCCUCCGAAGUUUCAGAGUGCUUUGGAAUUAAUUUGAUCAGAAGCUGAGCUGUCGAUCUUGCUGGCAGGCGCCAUACUUGUGGUUUCAGAAACAGAGCAGGAGAUUCAUCCGGAAAAGAAGAUUUCAGACUUCCUGGCUCCUGUAACACCAGCACAUAACACCCCUCGGGCUCAUGCAGCUUUGAUGUAUUUAAGCAAACCUCUGUGAAAGAAGGAAAGUAAUGUUGACAAUGUUGGGGUUGCAGAGGAUGAAGCACACCUCAAGAGCCCCAUCCCAAGUCUGAUUUCAAGGCAAGCAAACUAGUCCAACAUAAGCAGGCAAAGAGUUGGGCAAUAUGUGAUCUCAGAGCAGAGGGUGGGUGACGUGAACGCUGCCACAUCACAUCUAAUGUUGACAGAGGGCUGAUAUUACAGUUAAAGGAAACAUCCACCCUUUUUUAGUUGUUUGGUUUUCUGUAAAAUGUUUUAUGUUGGGUUCAUCAAACACUGUAUCUUCAAAAAGCUGUAGUGGUCCUUCUAUAACAGGUAUAAUAAAACAACAACAAGAUAUUAGUUUAACUCCCAAACAGUCCUGAAAAGAUGUAUAAAAAUCUAUAAAAUAUUGAAAAUGCCUGCAUGGGUGUAAAAUGGAUGUGCAGGAGCUUUAACCGAGUAAAAACUAAAGAUCAGAUAUUUAUUUCAGGGGUCUCCUCCUACCUUUAAAGUCCUCCUUUUGGAUUUCAAGACCUAAGGCUGACUCUGUCCAUAACCUCAGCCAAGAAGACGUUCCAUAUUGAUGAUCCAUGAUCCUUGUAGGAUAAUGGCUGCAUAACUAAGUCGUGUUUACAAAGAAGUAAAGGCCCUUCCAAAGUCUAACAAUGUUUCCUGUCCUCAUCAGCAGCCUGAACCUGUUCAUCACUACAUGCAGGAUGCUCCAAUCAAUUGCACAAAUUAUAAUGUAUAAAUUCAAGUUAUAUGGAUAUAUUAACUGGAAAUACAUAUACAUUUAAAGGAUGAUUCUGGUUUAUUACAACUCGUGUCUUAUUUUUGGUGUUUUGGCCAUCAUUUCUAUCAGUAAUAGUAACAUUGAACUAACCAAGGUAAGAUUAAAAAUGACCAAACACAUCAACAUCAAUGGUCAGAUGUCAAACAGGGUUUAAUCAAAACUAUUUUAGAAUUAUUUGGAAGAGAAAAUUUAAGAUUUACUACUCAAGCUGCAAAGAUGGGAUUUUUGGCGGCCAUUCAUGUGUACAUGGCCACUCGACGCUGGCUCCAGAAGUGAGUGUCUCCAUAAGACACCAUAGUAAAAUACCUAACUUUACAGCAGAAAUAAACAUCUUUACAACCUGGUACAAAAAGCAAUUGUAGUCUCUAGCUAAAUUCCCCCUUUCAUGACAACUGUACAGGGGUGAAUGUUAAUAUAACUCACCCAUUUAAAUUAUAUCAAGGCUUAUAGUUAUGCAUAAUUAAGGGCACGGUUGCUUUAAGGAACAGGUGGUUGCCAUCACAGGUGGCUGUUUUCUUUAACCAGGCUUCAUUCAGGCCACCUCAGCUCCACCCAUGCUGCACGUCUUUGCCCACUUUUAGAUAAGCCGGAACCGGCGGACUCAUGACUGUGUAGAUGGUGAUGGCCACAGCCAACCACACUGAGCUUCACAAAGGCUCUUCAGAAGCCUAUUAGUGAUAUCACAGAGACUACAUCCAUUUUUACUUAUACAAUCUGAGCCAGCAUGAAGUUUUUUUCUUUUUUGGUGUAGGUGUAAAUAUAUGUAUGGUUGUAAACAUCUAUCACAGUUUGCAGAUCAACUUCCUGGUUCAAAUAUGACCUACCGUGCUAACUGCAGUUGUGCAGGCACACAUCUGUGCAAUAUGGAAUAAUUACCAACAUUUCAGGUACACUUACUUUCAGUUUUACCUACAAAUAAAUUGGUUUCAGUAGUAUCGGUAGGGGUUCUGGACUGACCAGGAUGAAUACAUAAUACAUAAAAUGUCAAUGGUAAAGGUCGUAACAGAGUGUUCAUGACCUUUCUUCUGGGCGACAUCGAUCUCACUAAUGACUUUAGUGAGUAAAAUCUUAGCUAAUACAUACUUUGGCCAAAAUUACAAAAAUUAAUGGCCAGGUUGUAAUAAACCAAAUUAUCCUUAAAGCAUAACACAUAAAGUCUAGUAUCAUAAAAAUUGCCUGAGUUUACCACUGUUUUUACUGCUUUGUUGUGUGUUAGUGUGCAACUUUUUGGUGGUAAACUAGAUGAGAUGUUGUGGACAGCCAGAGUGCACCAACAGUUCGAGGUCCAACCUGCUAGCCUUCUGUGUGGGUUGUUAAAGGGUAUGCUGGGAAAUGUAGGACAUCACUGCUGAAUUGUGCAGAAGUAGAAUCAGAUGAUGAGUAACAUAAAAGGAAUGGAUUGAACACAGCAGAUGGAUGUUAUAUCAUCCUGAACAGAUGGAUGGUAUCAGACAGUGGACGAGUGUCCAAGGAAGGAUUUUUCCUUUAAAAUUCUGCUGCUGCAUCCUUGAACUGGUUAACACACUGGUGAGUGCGCGUGUGUGUGUGUGUGUGUGUGUGUGUGUGUAAAUGUGUGCUCUAUUAUUUGUUGUUAUUUGUUUUGUUCUAUAAAUGCUUUUAAUAAUGGAUGUUCACUGGUUAAUAAUUCCACAAAUGGGACUGUGAGCAGGUAAACUGACAUUUAUCUGAAAUCUGCAGCUAACCAUAGGGAGAAACAAAAAGAAAACAAUUGUGAACUAACAAAAAAGAGGAGUACCUUCUUCUCUUUUCCACAUUCAGUAAAUCCCCAAAUUUUGGUGCCCAAAGACAUGUAAUUAUUUAAUAUAAGACAUGCAUGUGGGUCUAUGUUGAGUUCAGAAUCAAUUCUGAGCGCACGAUGGGGCAACCUAGUACAGAGAUACAAGACUGGGCAUUUGUGACUGAGAUAUUUGAGUGUCUGGAUGUAUGUUUUCUGUAUGAGUAAAUUGUGCUUUUGCUGAUUUGACACUUACAUAUACGACUGCUAAAUCAUUGCCUCCACAUUUACAGAUCUCCAAAAGUUACACUGAAAAGCUUUGAAUUAAAUAUAACUGCUUUGCUAUCAAUCUCCCAAUUAUUCAAAGCCCUGGCGUUCAACAAUCUUUAUCAAUAAUUCAACACAAAAACAGGAUGAACCGAUUCAUUAUUAAUCUGGCUAUUAUGUAUUCAAAGGUUUUCUUUUUCAAUCACAGCCUAGUGAGGUGCCAAUAACAGUGAUGAAGCAGUGGUAACUUAUGGAACUGUAUGUCUUCUAUCGGCUACUGUGUAGCAUCUGUUACCAAACCUUCUGUUGACCUUCUGUUCUUUUUGUGGCUCAGGUUUGUAGAUCCUGAAAUCUUAAAAGUAUCUCAAUUUUUGGGAAGCUGUUAAUAUAUCAAGUCAUGAAAAUGUCCAAGCUAUUUUAUUAGUGUAUUUAAACUGGAUAUUUAUAAGUACCAACAGUAAAAAAUGACAAUGGCAAAACUUGUCCUGUGUGACCGUCUCUUUUCACCUCUGCUGUGUGUAGAAUGCUAAAACAUAUUGUUUGUCCACAUAUGGUGGAUUAGCAACUGGCAUACAUACAUAUUACAUAUUAAAGGCCUGUGAUGGAAGAAGUAAUCACAUUCUUUACGCAUGUAAAAGUAACAAUAUCACACUUUAAAAUGAGGUCUCUGUAUUUAUAAUCUGGCAUGUAAAAGUGAUGUAAAAGUAUUUCCCUCUAAAAUGUGGUAGAAGAAUAAGAAUAAAGAAGCUUAUGCUGCAGGUACAAGUACCUCAAAUUGGGAGCAGCAACAAGGAA